CCAAAGUUCUACCAGGAACGGUCUUCAGAUCCCUCCGCUACUUUCAGAACUCAAUCCGAGAUGUCAGACACACUCUGUGGUGUCUGCAACUCCGAGCCGAAGAAAUACAAGUGCCCGACUUGCGCACUCCCAUACUGCUCAAUAUCAUGUUUCAAAGAGCACAAACCAGCACACGCUGAUGCCGCGCCCGCGCCACCCGCACCACCCGCACCAGAGCUCCCGCAACCUCCUCCUCCAGCGCCCGUCCCACGCUACCUCAAGAAGAAGACCGACUUCUCCGUUCUCGCGACGAAUCCCAAAUUCCAAGACCUGCUCAAGACAUACCCAGUGCUGCUUCCCACACUCCAGCGCGUCUAUGCUGCCACAAUUGAACCCGACGAGGACGACCAGUCGCGGCGCGGCAGCAGCAGAGGCAGAGGGUUCCGAGGGCGGGGCGGCCGAGGUCGCGGGAGAGGAGGCCGCCAGAACGAUGCGCCGUAUAAGUGGACGCAAAGACAAGGCGACAACGAUGCUAUGAGGAUGCUCAAGGGGGUUAGAGGAAGAGAUGACAGCGACAAAGAGAAGCAGGCUAUGGCGGCGUUUGUGCAACUCGUCGAAGACACAUUUGGCGAUGCACAAAAUUGAGAUAUGGAGAGAAGUUCAAGACUUUCUGUUUCUAUUUCUGUCUGAACCAGUAACCGCGCAUCGACGCUGUUCCCCUGUCAAGUCACGCGAGAUCAAGUGAGAGAGGUCUCAGAACGAAAGAUCUCAGAGGUCAUCCUGGUGUCGUCAGCACCGCCGGGUCAGAUCACUGUAGGCAGCUUACGCUUAGCAUAUGGGUCAGGACUUUGUUGUGCGUAUGCUGCUUCAACGUUGCUUCAGCUUUGGU